AUGAGGGCAGACCAGGAGACCUGCCGCUUGAGACAAGCCGAGGCUGAAGGGCUCCCCGUCUUCUUCCUUUCCAGGGGAGGAAAACCAUCCCAAGGUAUCCCCAUGUUCGGCAACCUCUCCGACUCCAGCCGCCCCGUUUUCCUCCUGACCGGCUUUCCUGGGCUGGAGAAACACCAUUUCUGGAUUUCCCUCCCCAUUUGCUGCCUGUACGUGGUGGCCAUCGCGGGGAACGGCGUCAUCCUCUUCGUCAUCAGGACGGAGCAAACCCUCCACUCCCCCAUGUACUACUUCCUGUCCAUGCUGGCCCUCUCGGACCUGGGCUUGUCCUUCGCCACGUUGCCCUCCAUGCUGAGCGUCCUGUGGUUCAACCACCUCGAGAUCCGCUUGGAGGCCUGCUUGGUCCAGUUGGCCUUCAUCUACGCUUGCUCCAUUAUGGAAUCUGGCAUCCUCUUGGCCAUGGCCUUCGAUCGCUUGGUGGCCAUCCGGAACCCUCUGAAAUACACGAGCAUUUUGACCAAUGGGACGGUGGUCAGGAUCGGGGUGGCAGGCGCCGUCCGGUCCGUUUGCCUUGUGCUGCCCGCUCCCAUCCUUAUGAGCCUCCAGGAAUUCGGAAGGGUGAAUGUGCUUUCUUACUCCAUUUGUUUGCACCCGGAUCUCCUGAAUUUGGUUCGCUCCGAUAGGAGGAAGAGCAACGUCUACGGCCUGUUCGUGAUGCUCUCGUCCACAGGGGUGGACUCGAUCCUGCUGGUCCUCUCCUACCUCCUGAUCCUCAAGACCGUCCUGGGAGUCGCCUCCAAGGAGGAAGGCCUCCGGGCGCUCAGUACCUGCAUCUCCCACCUCUGUGCUGUCUGCAGCUUCUACGUCCCCAUGCUCGGGCUCAGCAUGAUCCACCGCUUUGGGAGGCAGGCGCCCCGCAUCGCCUUCAUCCUCAUCGCCAACGCUUUCGUGCUGGCGCCUCCUUUGAUGAAUCCGAUUGUCUACAGUGUGAGGACCAAACAAAUCCGCCUCCGGAUCCUGAAGAAGUUUCAGCGGGGGAGGGAAGAGUGA